AGCAGCGGAACCAGCAGCUCGGAAGUCGGCAGUCUACCGACAGAUACUUGAAAGAUAAGAACGUGAGCCGGAGCUGAGCUGGGGAGGAGUCCACGGGACGUGUCUUUGAUCGGUCCUUAGGACCUGGUGUCUGGUGGGUGUACCUUUUUCUUCGCUCUGCUGUGAACAGAAAAAAGGUAGUGAAAACAGCACAAUUGACGUCGUCUUCGGGACUGAAUUGCAAAAUCAGCGAAAAGAUAUGGCUGCCAGAGGAAAGUGUCUGCAAUGUUGGUGCUGCAGCUAAGAACCGGCGGAACGCGGUGCCUGCAAGCUUAGAUAAGAUAGUGGAGCGAAAGCUCAACGCGAAGAUUUGCUACCAUAGACCGCCGACAAGAUGAUGGAUGCACCGGUGAAUUUCAAUGAAGCCGGCUACCUCGGGAGCUUCCUGUCGAACAGCCUCAAGACCAACCAGCUGGAGGUCAACACCGACUCGAAGACGCUCCGCCCGAUCGCUCGCCUCAAGGAGCCGCGGGAACUUUUCGCACUGCCGAAGGAACGGGACUAUGACUGCCCCCAGCAGGCCCCCAGAUGGCCGAUCGAGUGCCAGGUCCAGGAGGAACGCAUCUACCACAUCAACUACGCCCCGGACACACCGGAACCGUACUACCAACCGACGGGGAAGGAGCUGCAGCCCCGCCCGGUCGGCGAGGAAAAUGGCGUAAUUCUGUUCAACUACAAUCCUACCAGCGCGGUUCAUUACGAUCGCCGAUACUGCAACGGCCGGUCGUACGACAGUCCGGACCUGGACGUGGACGAUGACUCGCGGUGGCACUACUACGGGUACACCGAUGACGAGGAAGAGGAGGACUGCUGUGGCGGCAGCAGUUCUUCCUCUGACGAAGAAGAUGCCGCCAACAACGUUCUACGCUACGAACCUAGCGAGUUUGGUACGGAGUUGUCGUACAACCAGAUCAACGACGAAUCGGAGAUCUUCACCCGGGAACAGCUGGCACGAAUGGCCCUCGAGUCGCAAUCUGAGCCUACAGUCGUCAAAGACGACGAGGAGGACGAUGCGGACGAAGAAGACAGUGCAAAACGUCCAAGAACGCGUCCAAGGCCGGUCAAGCCCCAGUCCACGUCGGACAACUUUUACGCCAGCGGUCCCGAAACGGACUCGGAGGGUGAACAGAGCAAGCACGAGAUCGAGUCGAGUCCACCACGACGGCGACGACGAUCACCACUACACAACAACACAACAACCUCAGCAACAACAAUAACACCUCCAACAACAACAGCCAAAACAUCACCAAACUGUUGCGAACCCGAAGAUGACCCCGUUGUUCCCGUUCCCGUUCCGCAGUUUAGCCGGUCGACGGUCGGUGGAUCGAAGGCGCAGCCGACGGCCCACCCGAACGCGUUCGAGCCGGACGAUCUGAUCUUCGAGUCGCGCUUCGAGAGCGGGAACCUGGGCCGGGCGAUCAAGAUUACGCCGACGUACUACGAGCUGUACCUGCGGCCGGACAUGUACACGAACCGGCACACGCAGUGGUUCUACUUUCGCGUGAAGAACACGAAGGCGAAGACGGUGUACAGGUUCUCCAUCAUCAACCUCACCAAGCCGGACAGUCUGUACAAGGAGGGCAUGCGGCCGCUGAUGUACUCCACGCUGGACGCCGAGUACAACCACCUGGGGUGGCAGCGGUGCGGCGAGAACAUCGCCUACUUUCGGAACGACACCGACAAUGGCUACAACCACAGCAACUACCACCACCGGCCGCUGGACGACGACGACGACGAGUUCGUGGGCAACGCGUCCUUCACGCUGUCGUUCAACAUCGAGUUCCGGUACGACGACGACACAGUUUUCGCGCACAGCUACCCGUACACGUACAGCGACCUGCAGGACUACCUGAUGGGCAUCCAGCGCAAUCCGGUCAAGUCCAAGUUCUGCAAGCUACGGCUGCUGUGCCGCUCGCUGGCCGGCAACAACGUGUACUACCUGACCGUGACGGCGCCGUCCACGCACGACGAUGACAAUCAGAAGAAGAAGAAAGCGGUAAUCAUCAGCGCACGUGUUCAUCCUGGCGAGAGUCCUUCGUCGUGGAUGAUGAAGGGCCUCAUGGACUUUAUCACCGGUGAUUCAUACGUGGCGAAGAAGCUUCGCCACAAGUUUAUCUUUAAGCUAGUGCCUAUGCUCAACCCGGACGGCGUGAUCGUGGGGAACACCCGGAGUUCGCUGACCGGGCGCGACCUGAACCGCCAGUACCGGACGGUGAUCCGGGAGACGUACCCCUCGAUCUGGAACACGAAGGCCAUGAUUAGAAGACUGAUGGAGGACUGUGGCGUGGCCAUGUACUGCGACAUGCACGCCCACUCGCGCAAGCACAAUGUGUUCAUCUACGGGUGCGAGAACUUGAAGCGACAUCCGGACCGGCGGCUGUUGGAGCAGGUCUUCCCGCUGAUGCUGCACAAGAACGUCGCCGAUAAGUUUUCCUUUGAAAACUGCAAAUUUAAGGUCCAGAAGAACAAGGAGGGCACCGGCCGGAUCGUAGUUUGGGUGCUGGGCGUCACCAACAGCUACACCCUGGAGGCGUCCUUUGGCGGAAGCACCAUGGGAGGUCGGGCAGGGACGCACUUUUCCACGGCGGACUACGAGCACAUUGGCCGGGCCUACUGCGAAACGCUCAUGGACUACUACGACGACAACCCGAUAAAAGUAAAUUUCUUCGUCAAGCGGUUGAAGAAGUUGCGCAAGAAGGAGCGAAAACUGCGCAAAGCGCGCCGCAAGGCCGAACAGGUGGCCUGGUGGUGGCUCAAUGAGAGCUAACUUAGCUUUAGCGUCACCUUAGAGUUACACCGAAAUUUGUUGUGCCUUUUGAUACCAUUAAGUAAAUUAUACCCGUUGAGCUGGGGAACCGCAAAAGCCUGCUGCGGUGGUUGUGACGUUUUAGGUUGCCAUAAUGGCGCCGACAUUUUGACAGCUCGAUUAUGGCGUGCGUGCCAUAAAAGCUCUCUCUAUUUUUAUCGAAUUCAACCGGCAAUACUAGAACUUCAUUUUUCACCCGUGUUGUCGCUAGCAUUUUUAGCUGUCAAGUUCACCUUACUUCUCUAGACUUAACUUAUCUAGUAACGUAAACAGAAACAAAAAAAACGGAAAUAAGGCCACACAUUUCCGGCGCAGUUUUCUCUCGCUCUACUCGCAACCAAAAAACCAAAACACAAAAUCGCCUACUAUUCGUGCACAUGCAGGCAGAGAAGUUCACCAAAACAAACAAACAAAAAGCUACUACUUUUUAGAAAUAGGCCAAAUUUUUAUAGCAGUAUUUAAGUAUCGCAAAU